UUGCUAUAAGCACCCUUCGUGUCUCUGCAAAAGAGUUGUUUCUCCUUUAAUAUGAUAAUUCAAAGCUAAAACCCCAAAUCUCAAUAUCUCAUAUGGUCUCAAAAAAUCCGAACCUGCAAGACGGAUUCUACUUGGAACCGAACGGAAUGGCCCUACCCGGAUUUGGACCCGUCGCCGCUGCAUCCACUACAUCUUCAUCGGAGGAUCCGUCUAAGAAGAUCCGAAAACCCUACACCAUCACCAAGUCCAGAGAAAGCUGGACCGAACCUGAGCACGACAAGUUCCUCGAAGCUCUUCAACUCUUUGAUCGUGACUGGAAAAAGAUUAAAGCAUUUGUUGGGUCAAAAUCAGUUAUUCAGAUACGUAGUCAUGCACAGAAGUAUUUUUUAAAGGUUCAGAAGAAUGGAACCAAUGAACACUUGCCUCCCCCUAGGCCUAAAAGGAAGGCUGCUUAUCCAUAUCCACAGAAAGCCACAAAAAAUGCCCCAAUGCUCUCACAGCCUCCUGGAUCCUUUCAAUCAUCAACUGCUCUUAUUGAACCUGGAUUUGUUCAAAGGCCUGAUUCCACUUCAAUGCCUAUGAACCCUACAACUAGUGCUGCUGCAGCUUCCUGGUCAAAUAAUUUGCCAGCGGUCAGUUUAUCAAAUCAAACAAAAGUGGCGGCAAAUAAUUGUUGCAUUGGCACUGAGAGUGCUCCUAGAACAAAACAAAUUGGGGAAACAGCUGAGCUAGAGAAUCAUGGCCAUCCAUUGAGAGUUCUGCCUGACUUUGCUCAAGUAUACAGCUUUAUUGGCAGUGUCUUUGAUCCAAAUGCUACCAAUCAUCUGUAUAGACUUAAAAAAAUGGACACUAUAGAUGUUGAGACGGUGCUGUUGUUGAUGAGAAACCUCUCUAUCAAUCUGACCAGUCCUGAUUUUGAAGAUCAUAGAAGGUUGCUCUCUUCUUAUGAGAUUGACACAGAAGCAAUUGUUGCAAAUGACACAGAAGCAAUUGUUGCAAACAAAACCCUUAAAGACAAUCUACCAAAGAACGUUGCUCAAUUUGGGUGAGUAAUGAGACCAAAUGAUGAUGCUUCACCAUUGUUGGAUCUUGGAUGUGCCUGAACUUCCAUGCAGUUUUGCUACCCAAUAUUGAAUCAUCAAAUGUGCCAGUGUGAAAGGCUACUGGUAGAAGUUUCAAGUGCCGUCUAUUAAUGGCAUCUGCUACAAUUUUUUUAUUUGUCAUUAGUUGCUCUCUGGGGAUUAUGCGUUCAGUUGUAGGUAACUUUCAUUAUUCCAGUAUCAUGUAUAUAUUGGGGAAAAAAAACCUAAAAGAGUGUAUAGUGAUCCAAGUUUAGGUUUUCUUGUAUAGUGCUGAAUCACUUAUGUAUUCAAGUUUUGACUCGAAUAUUCCUAUUCUAGGCUCCUGAUUUUGUGCUUUUACCGUAGCCUAUCCGGUCUGGAAACCCUGUAAUUUUAUUGGUUGUAGGACACUGAAAAAUGCAAGAAUGUAUGGAAUACGUGAAUUGUCUUCAAA